GAGAGAUGUGAGGACUUUGUGAAGAUCCGACUGUCAUGCAGCGGUGAAAAGCUCUGGGUGUGUGAGAGCAGUGCGCAAUAGCAACCAUAGCCAGUCUUAAGUCACCGACCAUGACGCGCAGGAGCGCCUUUACGCAAGCAGGAUGUCCACAGUUUGCGAAUAAUUACAGCAGCCAGCAAUAUUUCGGUGAGAAAAUAACUAUGUUUUAGUGCUUCCUGUUUUCAUAUUUUGGAUACAACACAGGCCCACAAAGUGGAAGUGGAUUGAGAGAACACGAGCUACGUUCUUCCGAGAAGCAGCGAUGGAGGAGCAGCGGGAUCUGAACAGCACGGACAGCAGCGAGGGAGAGAGCGUCUCCCCGUCUCACAGCCUGCCUUCGCCGCCCAUACUGCCGCUGCAGGUCGCCCAGCAGGCCCACAGAACCACCAACUUUUUCAUCGACAACAUUUUGCGCCCGGACUUCGGCUGCAAGAAGGAGCACGGCCUGGGCCCGCGGGAGAGGGCGCAGACCUCCGGCCGGGAACGCGUCCACCCGGUGGUCAGCAGGCCGAGCCUUCCCGGGACGCCGUGCCAGGAUUCCAAUUGCAGCAGUGACAGCACUUCGUCUUCCGCCUCCUCCACCUCUUUGGUGAGUCCUAAAAAGAGUAACAGCAGCGGCGGAGGAACUGAAGCCGCCUCCACCGGGAGCAGCGGCUUGAAAGCCGAGGACAGAACUGGCGGCGGGGCGGGGGAGAACACAUCCUCCUCGCUGGUGGUGCUGAACGGCACAGGGGCGCCCACACCGGAGAGCCAGCCACUUCUUUGGCCUGCCUGGGUCUACUGUACCCGGUACUCGGACAGGCCCUCAUCUGGCCCAAGGACACGGAAACUUAAAAAGUCGAAAAGCGGCAAAGAGGACAAGCGGCCGCGCACGGCCUUCACGGCCGAGCAGCUGCAGAGACUGAAGACGGAGUUCCAGGUGAACCGCUACAUUACGGAGCAACGGCGGCAGUCUCUGGCCCAGGAGCUCAGCCUCAAUGAGUCCCAGAUCAAAAUCUGGUUUCAGAACAAGCGAGCCAAGAUCAAAAAGGCCAGCGGCUUCAAGAACGGGCUGGCGCUGCAGCUGAUGGCGCAGGGACUGUAUAAUCAUUCCACCACCACCAUCCAGGAGGACAAGGAGGACAGCGACUGAGGAGCCCGGCCGGCCGCACCAGGACGCAAGACUGUGCGCUGUCCACCGCUCUCCUCCACACACACACACACUGUACAUUGUAAAUAAAUAAUAUCUAAUUUAAUGAUGAGGAUGGAGAGCGAGAGCUGAGCAGAUCUCCCUCAUACGGUUUGUCAACAGCUCUCCUCUUCUUCAUGUCUGUCUCCUCCUCUUCAAACGUGACAACACAGCAGAACAGACUGCACAUUCUUGGACUGACCUGCCACCGCAAAACCAAAGAUUUUAUUGGAAAACAGAGCCUUUGAACCUCUUCAAAGACAAUAACGAAAAUAGCAACAUACCCCAUUGCGCUUAUUUCUGUGUCCCCUGAGCUGAGAACUAAAUGGACCCCUCCUCCACCACCACCCGCUUCAGCCGUAAUAAACCCACACCGGCUGAUGUUUCUGGGCUGUUUCUCCUCCCUUCAGCUCAUGUUGAUCUGGUUCCAUACGGCGCUGCUGCUGUUGCACGCACCCGUCCUCCAACAGCCACAAACACUACCACGCCAAUCCACCCAAACACCGCGAGAACAGCCAGUGGCUCCAUCAGACUUUAGUUUUUUUUGUUGUUGUUUGUUUUUGUUUUUUGGUUCUUUUUCUUUCACCCCUGGACCAACUGACUUCUACGACCUGUAAUAAUAAGAACUGUAUUAAGAACUGUAAUAAUCCUACAGUGCAUUUACAGAGAUUUAAAGUGCCACAAACAAACAACAUAGUGAUGAUACAGCGGAUACUUAAACAUCACUUCUGAGCACGAAACACACAGUAAGUCCCCAUCGGGAAUGAUACAGGAAUAUUAUAGAAAAAAUAUAAUGGGCUUUAGAACUGUGAACACUGAGGUCAUUAUUAUUAUUAUUAUUAUUAUUAUUAUUAUUAUUAUCAUUAUAGAAAUUGUAGAUUUUAAGAAUUUAAAGGGACUUUGUGUUUUUAAUUGAUAAUGCAUUUGCAAUCAGAAUUGUUUCUGUUGAUUCAGUAUUUUUCAAUGCCAAAUAUUUCAAUUUGACAAUUUCUGGCCAAUCAGCACAAUUUAAAAAAAGCUGUAAUUUCCCACUAUAAUCUUUGAAACAAAAUUAAGACCGUACAGAAAUUCUAAAUUCAUAAUUAACAGAGCAAAUAAAUUGUAUAUUUUGUUUUGUUUGUUUUGUUUGAGGAACCUGGAAUCAUGACCUCGGUGUCUCUAAAAUCCUGCAGCCUCAGUCUAUAUGGCCUAUAAUAAUGCUACAAGACACAUUAAUACAUGAAGGUACAGCCGAAAUUCAAAAGAAGACUGCAGCGUUAAAGUUAUUCAUAUUAAUAAGAACAAUGGAUCACAUUUUUAUAGAUUCCUGUUUGUGUGAUAGGGAAAGCUCGUUGUUUUACAGUAGCUACGUCUUUAUCUAACGCUUAUGGCAUCUUUAUCAUUUUAUUGUGAUGAUGUUUGGAGCCAAAGUGUGUUCGUACUGUUUCCGUGAGAGAAUCUUCUAUCAUAUUCCGACAUUUUCACUGUGGUGUUUGUAUAAUAUCCCUCUGAAAGUGACCAUAGGAUUGCUACAGUUCUUACAGAGGGGGUGCAGCCUGUACAGAGGGCAUAUACUGUGUUGUACACCAAAUCACAAAUGGAGUAUUUUGGGCCGUCUGUGCUUCAUUUCCUCUGGUAUUGCCUUUAUUUAUACACAAACACAGCAAACAGCUAUAUGUUAGCUUCUCCCCGGAAGAAGA